GCAGGACCUGCACCAUGAGCUGUGACCAGAGCUACCCGUUCCCACAGGUGUUCCUUGUGGAUGGAGGCGGAGGUCCACAGCACUCUGCCCAGCCACCAAGUCUUGUACCAUGCUGGGCCUUCCCGCCUGCCCAGGAGAGGGUGAGGAGCCGUGGGAAGAGCCGGGGCUGUAUGGGAGUUAGCCCCGGGGCAGCCCUGGUCGUGCUGAUGUUAUUCCUGCUUGUGUUUGCGGCCCUGGGAUUAGAAGCCUACCAGAUCUUCAAAAUGCAGAAAGAACUGAGAGAGAUUAAAGAGGUGAAACCUGAGACGGACUUUAGUGUGCCUCAGAAGCAAAUUGGUAUCUAUGAACCUCAGUCAAAAGAAGAAGACAAGGACGACAGACCUGCAGCGCACGUGAUAGGGCGUAUUGAAAAAGACAGAUUCUCCAAGACUUUGCGAUGGGAGUCACAGGCUGGUCGGGCGUUCACCUCUGGAGGAGCGGCUUACCGGUUUGAAGAUGGCGCUCUGCAAGUCAAUGAGACCGGUCUCUAUCACGUUUACUCACGAGUGGAGUUGAUCUUUAGGGACUGUUCCCCUACAUCCUCGUUUGUUCAUACAGUGUUUGUGAGGAGAGAAGGGCGUCCCUCACCUCUGACCCUGAUGGAGGCCCACAGAGCAGGUUUCUGCUCCAAGCAGCUGGGACACGCCUGGACCACAGAGAGUUACCUCGGCUCUGCCCUGCAGCUGCAGAAAUACGACAAAGUCCUUGUGAAUGUAUCACACCCUAUUUAUCUUAGCCAUGCACAUUAUGCCAACUUCUUUGGUCUCUACAAGGUCUGAAGAGUUGGGGGUCAUUGGCUUUUUUUUUGCUUGUGUAUAUUAAUUUUACUCCACUGAAAGAAUGUAAACUGCUGUCUCAGGCAGAAUCUUACUCAUCACUUUACCCAAAUGAUUACUAUAAGUUGAAUGUGAUUCCUGUCAUAUAAUAACUGCACUGAAUAUCAUAAUAUGAAAUGGUCUGUAAUGUCAAAGCCAAGAGAAAUACAUGCUUUAUUGCCAGCUUUGGUGAAGUGAAUUGAAGUGUCCACCCAUAUACAUAAAAAAAUAUUGUGCCUUUUAUACAAGUUGAGAGAGUCAGUUAACACUAAUGCAAUGAUAUAGUGGUAGCAUCUUUAAAAAUAUUUAUUCUAGUGUGGAUCUGAUGUCUAAAUGUGUGCUUAUGAAGUUAAAAGGUGUUAAAUGGUGGUUGUUUUUAAGUAAAUAAAGAGAUAAUUUAAGUUGAUUUUCAUUUUGUGAAACAAGGAAAUGUUUUUGGUCAUGAUUAAAUCUGAAAGUGUUGUAUUUUUGAGUAGUCUGUCAUGCCAUAAACACCUACAUGAGUUUUGUUCAUGACCACUGGAAAGUAUUGAGAUAAAGACACCUACUCAAAUGGG